AUGGAUCUUGCCUGUACGCCAUCGUCGCCCGAAAAUAUGUCUCGUCGCUGGGCACGAAAGCUGGAGCGCUGCUGCUGCACUUUCGCGACCUACAUUCCCCUAACCUUCGUCUACAGCUUGACAACCUGGGCUGUUUGGGUGGAUGUCACCAUCCCGUCCCAGUCUUCAAAGGCCACUUGGCUCGGAACUGGAUCGUCCUCCAUAGCUAUUCUACUCUACUGCCUGCUCAACUGGUCUUACACAACCGCCGUUUUCACGAACCCCGGUAGCACGACGAACGAUAAUGGCUACAGCACGUUACCAACCGAGGCGCCCCCGGCCGCCACCUCAUUCACCGUCAAGUCCAAUGGGGAAAUACGAUUCUGCAAGAAGUGCCAGGCAAGGAAACCGGACCGUGCCCAUCACUGCUCUACAUGCCGUCGCUGUGUUCUGAAGAUGGAUCACCAUUGUCCCUGGCUGGCGACUUGCAUUGGGCUCAAGAAUCACAAGGCGUUCCUGUUGUUUUUGAUCUACACGACAAUCUUCUGCUUCUACAGCUUCUUUGUGUCAGGAAGCUGGGUAUACAUGGAGAUAAUCAACGACACCACCUUUGAGGAAACGUUGAUGCCUAUUAACAACGUCAUUCUCAGCGUGAUGUCUGGAAUUAUCGGUAUCGUAGUUGGUGCAUUCACAGGAUGGCAUAUAAUGCUUGCAAGCCGUGGCCAGACGACCAUCGAAUGCUUGGAAAAGACGCGCUAUCUGUCACCACUUAAGAAGUCGAUGCAGAAUCAGUUUGUCGCCCAGCACAGCGGCGAGGGCAUUCCCUUGCCCGCUUACGGUCAGCAACUCCUCGAUAUCCAUGCGAAUGCUCUGCCCGGCAUCACUCGGCCCGAAGAAGGCGAGGAAUACCGCGGACAUCCGGGCGCGUCAAGACCGAUGCACCGAUCAUACGAAGAAAUGGAACGAGAGCGUGCGAAGAAGCGCUACGAAGAAUACCUCGAUGAACAGGACUCGGAAAAGCUUCCUAACGCCUUCGACCUCGGAGCGAAACGGAAUCUAUUGCACCUUUUUGGUCCCAAGCCCUUGUUAUGGUUUGUUCCUAUAUGCAACACCACUGGCGACGGCUGGUCGUGGGAGCCCAGCCCUAAGUGGACUGCAGCACGCGAGCGUCUGGCCAGGGAGCGCGAGGAGCAGCGCGCUCGUGAGAUCAACGCCGGCUGGGGCACUGAUGAACCCCCUGCCUUUAUGCAGCCUGUACCCACAAAACCCGACGGCGCCGGCCGCCACUACCUAACCUCACCACCUCCACCCACGAAUGCCGCCAACGGAAGCAAUGGGCGUAAGAUGCCAUCCAAAGCUGACCGUGUUCUGGGCCGCGACCCCAACCUUUACGCGGAUGGGUUCCAGGAGUCGAUGCCGAUGCGCAAACUCAGUCCCCGUGGUACGGCCCUCGAGGAUGAGUUGACGGACAGCGACCUUGACAUGGACGACGUUGUUGCGGCGGAACACCGCGCCAUGAACCUCGUCACCAACGGUGGCUGGGGUCGGAGCGGUGCCAGUGGCUUGCUGAAGAAGCACAGUCCUACAUCACCGUCUUUCAGGACUUCGCCGUCCAAUGAUGAUACCGUGGACUAA